GUGACGCAAGGUUUGAUGGGAUAGUGGAGGAACGAUAAGGGGCGCAGUGGUGAUUGGGAUAUUGGAGGAGAGUAAUCCUUUUCGGUCUUGACAGUGUCCUUGUGUUGCUAGUACUUUGGAGAAAGCAUCGAAACCGGCAAGAUGUUGAGGAACCUUUUGGCGCUGCGGCAGAUAUCUCAGAGGACUCUGGGUACCACUGCCCGCAGGCAAGUUCAGAACAAGGUGCCGGAGAAGCAGAAAAUGUUCCAGGAGGACAAUGGGAUCCCGGUUCACUUAAAGGGAGGUGUUAGUGAUGCACUACUCUACAGGUUUACAAUGGCUCUUACAGUUUUGGGAACAGGAUAUGUAGUGUAUGAAUUGGUCAGUGCUGCAUUACCUAAGAAGAAAUGAUUCCAGUUUAAUUUAUGUUCCUUCUAAAAAGUUUUUUGGUCCAGUAGUUUAAAAUUCCAUGUUCAACUUGUCAUAACAAGCUGUGUUCACAUUUAAUGGGAUCAAUAUUUAUGAAAUGUACUGUAUAAACUGCAGACAAUAAAAGCAGUUUUGCACAGCUCUAA